AUGGCCACAGACUCAAUCGAGCUUUCCGUACCCCUCCCUCGGUCUCUUGAUACCCGCAUCUACCUCCGCCUAUCUACCAAAGCAAAGUCCAUUGUGAUUUUUCUCACAACCGCUACACAGGAUGAACUGUCUACACCUGUACCCUUAGGCUCGUUUGUUUAUGCUCUGCCCAACAGACUUGACCAGGCACAGCCGCUCUCUACGACUCUCUACUCAUCAGAGAUAUCGGUAGAGUUCACAACGCGCCUGGCAAAGCUACUGGCUCGCAAAUCACAGCUUCCUGUCUAUGUCACCAACUCGAUGAGCUUUGCUAAUGCCGGAAUGGGCGGCACAGUAGAAGAGGAGAUGGAGGCUUUCAAGACUAUUGUUCAGGUUGUCUCAAAAAAGCUACAAUUGAGCGCCAAGCCAGUUACAGUCUAG